CGGGCUGGCGCUCCCAGGAGUCUGCGGGGCGGCGGGUUAGGAACCGCAAGGUCCCAGCUGCGGACGCUCGGGUGUGUGAGUGUCGGCGAACGCACUUUUCCGGGUUGGACUCCGUUUCUCACAGGCCUUGAGGGACUGAUGAACUUCGGCCUCUGGUUCUUUUUCCGCUAUCCUUGUGGUCAUCGUUUUCCGUGCGUUCUCACCUCUGUAGUCUCUGUGCUUCUCCAGGAGGGAAACCCUGAAGAGUACUGACAAGUUCUCAACCAUUUUAAACCAUGGCUUUGGAAUGGGUAACAUUCAGGAAAGUGGCCCUAGAGUUCACUCAGGAGGAGUGGAAUGGGGCUCUGCUCUGAGGGAAUUGUACUGGAAUGUGAUGAUAGAAAACAGCAACUUAGUCUCACUGGUUUCAAUGGGGAGCAUGUCGGUGGAGCUCCUCAUGCUGUCAUACCAGAAGUGGAAUUCCCUGAUCAAUUCUUUACAGUUCUAACCAUGGACCAUGAAUUGGUGACAUUCAGGGAUGUGGUCAUCAACUUCUCUCAGGAGGAAUGGGAGUAUCUGGAUUCUGCUCAGAGGGACUUGUACUGGGAUGUGAUGAUGGAAAAUUACAGCAACUUGGUCUCACUGGACUUGGAAUCCAAGUAUGACAAAAAGACUUUAUCUACAGAGAAGGACAUUAUUGAAAAAAAUGAUUCUCAGGGGGAAGUAAUAGAAAGUAGUAAAUUAGUUGGCCUUGAGAACUCCAUUGUCAGAAAUGAUUGGCAAAGCAAAAGGAAGAUUGAAGUACAAAGACCUGAAGUGGGAUAUUUCAGUCAAAUGAAAAUCAUCUCUGAAAAAGUACCCAAUUACAAAAAUCAUAAAUCUCUUAUAUUACAUCAGAGAAUUCAUGAUAGUGAGAAGCUCUUUAAGGAAUAUGGGAAGGUCCUUAGUUGUGACUUAAACUUUGAUGAAUAUGAGAAAAUAUAUACUGAGAAAACCUCUGAACAUAGUAGAUAUUGGAAAACCUUUGGAGUAGAUGACCCACAUACCCUACAACUGAAUAUUCAUACUGGUGUGAAACCUUGUAAAUGUAUGGAAUGUGGGAACGCAUUUAGUUUUUAUGAAGACUGUAGUGUAUACUGUGAAGAUCAGAAGUGCUAUAAAUGUAAGCAAUAUGGAAGGACUUUUAGAAGAAUUGAAAAAAUCACUCCACUUCAAAGAAUUCAUGAUGGUGAGAAACCCUAUGAAUGCACUUUCUGUAAGAAAUCGUUUAGAGUGCAUGCACAACUUACUAGACAUCAGAAAAUCCAUACCGAUGAGAAACCUUACAAAUGUAUGGAAUGUGGCAAGGACUUUAGAUUUCACUCACAACUAACUGAACAUCAGAGAAUUCAUACUGGUGAGAAGCCAUACAAAUGUAUACAAUGUGAGAAGGUCUUUAGAAUUAGUUCACAGCUUAUUGAACAUCAGAGAAUUCAUACUGGUGAGAAACCUUAUGCAUGUAAAGAAUGUGGGAAGACUUUUGGAGUCUGUCGAGAACUUGCUCGACAUCAGAGAAUUCAUAGUGGUAAGAAACCCUAUGAAUGCAAAGCAUGUGGAAAGGUCUUUAGAAACAGUUCAUCCCUGACUAGACAUCAGAGAAUUCAUACUGGUGAGAAACCAUAUAAAUGUAAGGAAUGUGGGAAAGCUUUUGGAGUAGGUAGUGAACUUACUCGACAUCAGAGAAUUCACAGUGGUCAGAAACCUUAUGAAUGUAAAGCGUGUGGAAAGUUCUUUAGACUUACUUCAGCCCUUAUUCAACAUCAGAGAAUUCAUAGUGGUGAGAAACCUUAUGAAUGUAAGGUAUGUGGGAAGGCCUUUAGACACAGUUCAGCCCUUACUGAACAUCAGAGAAUUCAUACUGGAGAGAAACCUUAUGAAUGCAAGGCUUGUGGGAAGGCCUUUAGACAUAGUUCAUCCUUUACAAAACAUCAGAGAAUUCAUAAUAGUAAGAAACCCUAUGAAUGUAAGGAAUGUGGGAAUGCCUUUAGACCUGAAUCAGAUCUCCUUCAGCAUGAUCAAAUUCAUGCUGGAGAGAAACCUUAUGAAUGUAAUGAAUGUGGAAAAACAUUUAGCCUGAAGCAAAACCUCAUAGAGCAUAAGAAAAUGCAUACUGGAGAGAAAUCACAUGAAUGUAAUGAAUGUGGCAAAGAAUUCUCUCGAGUCUCAUCCCUUACUCUACAUUUGAGAAGUCAUACAGGAAAGAAACCAUAUAAAUGUAAUAAAUGUGGAAAAGCCUUCAGCCAGAAGGGAAACUUGCUUACUCAUCAAAAACAUCAUACUGGAGAGAAAACUUAUGAAUGUGGGAAAGAAUGUGGCAAAGCCUUCAGUGGCAAAUCAUAUCUCUCUGAGCAUGAGAAAAUUCAUUCAGGAGAGAAACCAUUUGAAUGUAAUCAAUGUGGAAGAGCCUUCAGCCAGAAGCAAUACCUCGUUAAACAUCAGAAUAUCCAUAGUGGAAAGAAACCCUUUAAAUGUAAUGAGUGUGGAAAAGCCUUUAGCCAGAAGGAAAACCUCAUUAUCCAUCAAAGAAUUCAUACUGGAGAGAAACCUUAUGAAUGUAAAGGGUGUGGGAAAGCUUUCAUUCAGAAGUCAAGCCUCAUUAGACACCAGAGAAGUCAUACAGGAGAGAAACCUUAUAUAUGUAAGGAAUGUGGAAAAGCCUUCAGUGGGAAAUCAAACCUCACUGAGCAUGAGAAAAUUCAUAUUGGAGAGAAACCCUAUAAAUGUAAUGAAUGUGGAACAAUCUUUAGGCAGAAGCAGUACCUCAUUAAACAUCACAAUAUUCAUACAGGAGAGAAACCCUAUGAAUGUAAUAAAUGUGGAAAAGCCUUCUCUCGAAUCACAUCUCUCAUUGUACAUGUGAGAAUUCAUACAGGUGAUAAGCCUUAUGAAUGUAAAAUAUGUGGGAAAGCCUUCUGUCAAAGCUCAUCUCUUACUGUUCAUAUGAGAAGCCAUACAGGUGAGAAGCCCUAUGGUUGUAACGAAUGUGGGAAAGCCUUCUCUCAGUUUUCAACUCUUGCUCUGCAUAUGAGAAUCCAUACUGGAGAAAAACCUUAUCAGUGUAAUGAAUGUGGGAAAGCUUUUAGCCAGAAGUCACAUCAUAUUAGACACCAGAGAAUUCAUACUCAUGAGAAACCCUAUGAAUGUAAGGAAUGUGGAAAGGCCUUUAGACAUCCCUCAAGACUCAGUCAUCAUCAGAAAAUUCAUACUGGCAAGAAACCCUUUGAAUGUAAGGAAUGUGGAAAAACCUUUAUUUGUGGCUCAGACCUUACUCGACAUCACCGAAUUCACACUGGUGAGAAACCCUAUGAAUGUAAGGAAUGUGGAAAGGCCUUUAGUAGUGGCUCCAACUUCACUCGACAUCAGAGAAUUCACACUGGUGAAAAGCCCUAUGAAUGUAAAGAAUGUGGGAAGGCCUUUAGUAGUGGCUCAAACUUUACUCAACAUCAGAGAAUUCAUACAGGGGAGAAACCCUAUGAAUGUAAGGAAUGUGGCAAUGCCUUUAGUCAGAGCUCACAACUUAUUAAACAUCAGAGAAUCCACACAGGUGAGAAACCCUAUGAAUGUAAGGAAUGUGAAAAGGCUUUUCGUUCUGGUUCAGACCUUACCCGACAUCAGAGAAUUCAUACUGGUGAGAAGCCCUAUGAAUGUAAGAUAUGUGGGAAAGCCUAUUCUCAGAGUUCACAACUUAUUAGUCAUCAUAGAAUUCAUACUAGUGAGAAACCCUAUGAAUAUAGGGAAUGUGGGAAGACCUUUAAUUAUGACUCACAGCUGAUUCAACAUCAAAAUUUGUACUGGUGAUAAAACAUAGAAUAUAUGAAAUGUGUGCAAAUGCUUUUAUUUACAGCUCAAAACUAUUAACAUCAACUAUUUAACAAAAGAGAAUUUAUCUCUAUAUUAAUCCCUCUAAAUAGAAUGAGGUAAAACAUCUUAUUUGCUGACUACAGCUUGUUCAACCCAAGAAAAUUCAUGUAGGAGAAACACCCUAUGAGUAGAAUACGUUUUGGAAGCCAUUUAAUAAAAGCCCCUAUUUCCCUUGCCAUCAGGUAAUUCAGUCUAGUAAAUACUCAAAAUGACAACAACACUUCUGGCACCUUUCUAACCUUAUCUUAAACAUCAGAGAAUACAUGCUGAAAUGUAAUCCUGUGAUUUUCAUUUUAUUUUCCCCCAAUUUGUCUAUAGUUGUAAUAUUCUUAAUCUUUUAAUCCAUUUAAAUUUAUAUAACUGUAAAGUCCAUCUGUGUAUAUCAUGGUUUGUAAAAUAUCUUUAUUUUUAAGAUACCUUUAAUACCCAAGAGCAGUGACCUCUUUAUUUUUGAAGAUAGCUUAUUCCUUUUGCUCUUUACAAAAUUUAGACUUUCUUGUAAAAACCUUCAUGUAAUGACUUACCACUCAGUAAAUAGAGAUCCUUUACUAUCUUCAUGGUGUUUUCCUUGUGUUGCUGUAAUAUCAUUUCAUCAAAUCCCUAUUGAUAGACAUUGUAGUUUCCUCCAGCAUUUUUGCCAUUAUACACAGUGCCCUGACGGGCAUUCUCCGUAGGUAUAUCUUUGUGUCAUGUCUUUUAUUUUAAUUGCAGAAAUAAUGCCUCAAUAUAUAUUUUCCUUAUGAUAGGUUUAAACAUUACAAGUAAGGCCUUUGACCACUAUCCUUGUACCCAUAUCCCUCCUUGUUUAGUAUUUAUCCUUCCUGAGCAUUUUUCUAUGUUUUUAUACAUACAUGUUUUGGUAGAAAUUAUAAAAUAGGGAUAAUUAUAAUACCUACCUCAUAAUUUUGUGUGAGGAUCAAAUAAAGAGACACAAAGUGCUUAGAAUUGUGCCUGUCAUAUAAUAAAUAGAUA